AUGGCGAUCCUUGGCUCUUUGCAUGCGUCUGCCGAAAUGAAAGGCAGUCACGUUAUCCUCCAAGGCAUUAUGGGCUGCAGUGAUUUUCAACAGGACUUUCUUGUCCUCCGCUGGGUCACGAAUAUGAGCGCAAGUUGUCCUUCUGGAGCAUUUUCGGAGCUCAUGAAACAUGCAUCUUCACGUAUAUAUCGAUUUUCGAAAAACCCCUCUGUCCAGGUCGUCUCGCAGUCUUUCCAUUGGAGAUUUUUCACGCUACCUUCCUAUUCUCGAGCAGAUGAACCAGAACUUCUGGAACUGACCAGAUCCCUUCCCCCCCUUCCUCACGCUAUCCUCCGUCUUGAUCUUGCUGGUCAUGAUUUGAUGGAGUACCUGAUCAAGAACUUGGUGGAGCGUGGAUACCCCUUCACCACCACGGCUGAACGGGAGAUUGUCCGGGACAUCAAGGAGAAGCUGUGCUACGUCGCUUUUGACUUCGAGCAGGAGCUGCAAACGGCUGCACAGAGCAGUGCCGUGGAGAAGGCUUACAAAUUUCCAGAUGAACAGGUCAUCACCAUGGGUAACGAACGAUUCUGUGCUCCAGAGGCCUUGUUCCAACCGGCGUUCUUGGGAUUGGAAGACGCUGGUAAUCAUGAGAUAACAUACAACACCAUCUUCAAGUGUGACCUUGAUAGUCGUCGUGCCCUUUAUGGAAACGUCGUCCUCUCCGGUGGUACAACGAUGUUCCCUGGUAUUGCUGACCGCAUGCAGAAGGAGUUGACGUCUCUCUCUCCUUCCAGCAUGAAGGUCAAGAUCGUCGCUCCUCCUGAACGUAAAUACUCCGUCUGGAUUGGUGGAUCUAUUCUUGCUUCGCUUUCUACGUUCCAGAACUUGUGGUGCUCAAAGCAGGAGUAUAACGAGAGUGGCCCGGGUAUCGUUCACCGCAAGUGCUUCUAA